AUGUACCGGUACGACUUUGCCCCGACGUACGUCUUUGCCCCGGUCUUUGCCCCGACCACGACUUUCACCCACAUCUUUCACGUCAACACGCCGCAUUCGAGCCAGGCACCUUCUCAACCCGUUACGAUGGCAUCGCCAUUCAACCAACUUCCUCCCAUCCCGCAGCUGCUGGGCGAACAGAAUCUGAAGCAAUGGAAACGCUCCAUUCGCCAGCACGCUGUCUACUACGACCUGAUCAAGUUCAUUGACACCCAUUCCAUGAGGCCCGAACUUCCAAACCAACGAAAAUGGGAGCAAGACCGUGUUCACGCGAUGGCUCCUAUUACGUCGACCAUAACCGCCGUUGAAGAACAGCUUGAAGCCGCCGGCUGGGACUCCGAAAACGAGCAAGAUCCGAAGGUCCUUUGGGAUCUCGUGAUCGCUACCUUCACUACCAUACCUAACAUUCAUGAGCAAUCGGCACCCCAACUGUUCUACGAACUCAUGGACGCCACCCUUGAGGACGGGGUUACUCUCCGUGCCUUCAACUCACGCUUCAACACCGUCGCCAACCGCCUGGCAGCGCUCGAUCUCCCCAUUCCUCCCAAGGCCAAGCUACUGCUUAUGAUGCGUGCAAUCAAGCACCGCCAGCCUCUCUGGAACUCCAACCUCGAGCGUGACUUCGAAACGGGAGCUCUCACGUGGGAGAAUUUCCAGAAGCAGAUGAUCCUGUACGCCAACCUUGAGCAAGAUCAAUCCUGGAAAAGAGGCUCGCUCCUUCACCUUCAACAAACACCCCGGAUUGGGGCGAGCCCGUCAUCAGAACAAUGCCGACCCCUAUCACUAGCCUCGGGCCUAUCAUUAGGCUCGGGGCUUUCCUGCUCAACACCCUAA